AGGGCGAAGUGCAGACAACCUGCUGAACUCUCAAGCUUCAGAUUAUCGAAGCACAAUUUCAGCUCUUUUUUUUUUUGCAGAUUUUUGAUGCACAGGCAACAGCUGGGGAUCAGUUUUAAACACUUUGGUGCUUGACACCCAUCAGGAUCAUUAUAGAUCACUAAAAGCAUUAAAAGACAUAGUUUGUGAUGAGUGUCUGCCCUGCCUGAGAGAAGAGAUAUGGAUGCUUUUGAGGGAAUUCACAGCGUCCGGAUUUCAUCUUCUCCGCCGUCUUCAACAGCAACUAGCCCAGGAUAUGAAGUCCUCAAAGCAGGGAGAUCUGGAAUAGCAGUAUAUUCAUCCGCGGUCUUUUUCGGCACACCUGACGUCCUGGGAGCCAGACACAAGUCCAGCAGGAAAACUGAGGAGGAAGGCUGUGUUGUUGGACGGUUGGUAGAUCUGGAUCCAGAGCCAGAGUCCAGAGUGGAGGGAGGAGGCCAGGCUGGGCCCCCCUCUGGCAGGGGCCAUGGCGACCUCUCCCGGCUCCGUAGCUCAUCGCUGGAGAUCAAAGAAAAAGAAAUCAGAGAAAAGGGGUCAGAGAUCCUUAGGGAACAGCUGGACGCUGCAAAGAAGGAACUGAAACUAAAGGACAAGGAGUGCGAGCGUCUGUCGCAGGUCAGGAAUCAGCUGGAGCAGGAGCUGGAGGAGCUGACUGCCAGUCUGUUUGAGGAAGCUCACAAGAUGGUGCAUGAAGCUAACGUCAAACAAGCAGCAGCAGAGAAACAACUGAAGGAGGCUCAGGGAAAGAUUGACGUUCUACAAGCGGAGGUGACGGCGCUCAAGGCUCUGGUGUUGACAUCAACACCUUCUUCACCAAACCGGCAGUUGCAUCCACAGCUGCAGUCUUCAGGAACCAGAGGAGCAUACAAACAUGUCGGGGGCCACAUCCGCAACAAGAGUGCGAGCGGUGCCUUUCCAUCCUCGCUUGGAAAACCAGAACCCUCCUCAGUGUCUGUUCAGCCUGUGGCCAAAGAGGACAGAGAGAUGGACUCCGUUCUCUAUGCAGAGUUUUUGAUGUGGAAGGAAAAUCCGAGUCUCGAGCGCUCCUCUGCCUUCCUGAGUCGCAUCUACAGAGAAGACAUCGGACCCUGCCUCUCCUUCACGAGAUCUGAGCUGUCGCAGCUGGUGCAGAGUGCCGUGGAAAACAACUCUUUGACUGUGGAGCCUGUGGCCAUGUCAGCGCUGCCGAUGGUUAAAGCCUCAGCUAUAGAGUGUGGCGGCCCUAAUGGCUUUAGGGCAGCAAUAGAGACAAAAUGCGCAUUAAGUGGCAUGUCACGCCUCUGCAGACAUCGCAUUAAACUGGGUGACAAAGGGAGCUACUAUUACAUCUCUCCUUCCAGCCGAGCACGGAUCACGGCUGUUUGCAAUUUUUUUACUUAUAUUCGUUACAUCCAGCAGGGCCUGGUGAGACACGAUGCGGAGCAGAUGUUCUGGGAGGUGAUGCGUCUCCGCAGAGAGAUGACUGUGGCAAAGUUAGGUUUCUACCUCACUGACGAGGGCUAGAGGACAGCCCACUGAAACACCAGGACAACAUGAUCCCGGGACCUGGAUUAUUCAAGGUCGUAAUCAGGGUUAAACUGUGGUAACAAACCUUGGAUCAGUUUUUGUAGCAGAGGUUGUACAGCAUUAGUGCUGCAGCAGAGGUCAAUCAACAAGGGAAGCAACAACUGUUCAUGUGCCACUUUUAUGCAAUAGGGCAAAGAUUUAAACCAGCACAGCUAGAUAGGAGUAAAAUAACUAAUAAUUUCAAAGAGCGAGAUGUGUAAAAUAUAUUUUUCUGUUAUACUGCAGGCCUCCAGUAUUUCUCUCCACUGGUGAGGAGAAUUGUUUCUGAACCUCCCGGGUGGAGUACAUGCAACCUCUCACGUUAAUACGAUAGAUUGUAUGUAUCAGUUUUCAAGCGUUGGUCUGUUGAAAAGACGAGCGCAAUGCAGGAUGAAAGCAGUUUUGAGAGUUUAGUUGGUCUCUUACCUCAAGUAUUACACAUUCAACUGUAAUGUAGUCUAAUGUGAGAUUGACAAUAGUCCUCUAGUUUCACCCAACAGUUAUUUUGGUUGUUUUCUUUAUUUUUACAUUAAUAUAAUGCUAAACAGUGUUUCUUAGUUGCUUUGAGUUAUUGGCUGAAACAACACAGCCAGGACUUCUUGUCUCAGCAUGGCCUUAAUACUGUUGCUCUACCUGUUGUAGGUGCCUCAUAUAAAAAACAUAAAUGAAAUGUAACAAACAGCUACAUGUUAGCCUGGCCUGUACUUAAUAAUCAGAUAUAUUGGUAAUAAAUUAGUUAUAACACAUCAACAUAGUUUUACAAUAUAGUCAGAAAAUGAACAAGCUUUAAUACAAGUGAUUGCAAUAUGCACAACUGUUGCAACUGUAGGUUUGCACGUUUGCAAUGAACAGUAUGUACAUACAGUAAAAGCCAUAAAUGACUAUGCAUGAAUGCAGUACAUAGCCAUAUUGUGCAAUGUAUAUUGGUUGUACCUCAUAGUAUAGAUUUAUUAUUAUUAAUGGCCAAGUUUUACAGAAAGCGGUCUCUUGAAGGUAAAAAAACAAAAUGAAGAAUAUUGUGUCAGAAAGUGCAAUAACUGCUUAUUAGCCAUCAUUAGGGCUUUGAGGUUCCCAGCCUCAGUGUACUGAUAAUCAACGGUGUCUUCCAGUGUAAACACUCCAUUAAAGACGAGGCAUUGUAGCCUGAUUGCAGAA